GAUCCCACUUGUCUCUCAUCUCUGGUGUCGGACCUCGUCUGGACUCGAACUUCAGCAUUAAAGGUUGUUUUUUUUUCCGGUACCAUUUACAGCCGCAGAAAUGGCUCAGAUAAACAGCUGCCUCAAACGGACCUUCAUUGGGUUCAACUUCCUCUUCGCGAUUAUCGGAGGAAUCAUCAUCGGCCUUGCUGUUCUGUCUCAGAUCCUCACCAGCGCUGAAAAGGAUCCAAGUGUGGAGGGUCGGGGCAUGGGCCUCAUCGUCCUCUACAUCAUGGGUACCGUCACCAUGCUGCUCGGCCUCCUGGGAGCCUUUGGAGCUUACAAGGAGCAGAAACUGUCUCUGGUUGUGUUCCUGGUCUGCAUGGUCAUUGGAGCUUUCUUGAUGAUCCGAGGAGGAAUCCCUGCAGCUAUCUCACGUCCUCAGAUAGAGGGAGUUCUGGAGGAAAAGUUCAGGGAUCUUCUGCCUCUCAACUCCGCCUCGUUCCAGGUGAAGCACAUGGCCGACACCCUGCAGACUCAGAUGCACUGCUGCGGCCUGUUCAGCUACACAGACUGGAACAAUGACAUCCCCGCCUCAUGCCUGUGCUCCGACGAGGACGAGGAAAAAUACGAGUGCAGGAUGCUCGGCUACUCUUAUCUCAGCCAGAGAAGGUCCAUCUACAGCAAGCCCUGCUUCCCCAUCCUCAUGCACUACAUCCUGCUACUCGCUGACAUCUCGCUCGGGAUCAUCUUCACUCUGGCUGCUCUGGCUGUUCUCGGCGUGGUUCUGUCCUCCAUCAUGAUCCACCAGCUGCGUCAGCCCAACAGAACCACCGUCCUCUUCAGUGUUCCCGCCAUCUUCACUUCAGGACCUCCAAAGUACCAGGAGCUGCACAACCCUCCUCCCCCCUACUAAAGGAGCAGCGCCACUUUUCUGUCGUGCUAGCUUGGCGCUACACGCCGUCCUGCUUUUCCAGCUUGUUUUUUAUUAAGGACUACAUCUAAAGUGCCUUUCAUGCCUGUGAGGAGCCCACUGCUUCAUUUUCUAACAGGGGAGAAACUUCCCAGAGAAACCUCUGGACCAGCCUUCAUAGAAUGCCUUUUAAACCACUGAUUAGUUUUAGUGAAGAAAGUUUUAAAUUUGCUCUUCUGAUUAUUGGGGAAACAAAAUAAACAUGUUUUUUAAAGUUUGGUUUUAAUUCUCUGGGAGCUUUUAAGAAAUAAGUUUGUGGAAGUUUAUUAUUUUAAAGCUGACAUGUUCACUUCUUGUCCUGUUUGGUUCAGAUUACUUAAAAAAUAAAAGUUGAAGGAUUGAGGAGGAAGCCAUAAACGUCUUAAUCACAAUGAAGAGUUUUAUUCACCUGUUGUUACCUGAUUUACUUUUCAUAUAUUAAACAUGUAGAUUUGCUGCUUGUUUGACAAAAUGCCACUUUCAGCCUGCUGGUAGAUUACAGUCACUGAUUUUUAUUUUUUAUUACAAAAACGUCAAAAGUGACGAUGAAUGUUGAAAUAAUUCGAAUACCUUGAAUAUUUUCAUUUGUUUUCUGCAAAACAUGGAAAAAACUCAUUUUACUCUAGCUUAAAGGGAAAUAAAAUCAAAUGAAACGGUG